UGUGCGCACAGGUGCAGGCGGGCAGGUGACCCGUUAUAACUGUCCACUUCGAGGGUAAGGAGGGGAGACUACUGUCUACAUUUCAACUCUGGAGAGAAAUGGAAAGCAGCACAUAUGUAAGGGUUUCAUGAGUAAAGUCAAGGGAAACAGAGCGUCGACUUCUCGACAAAUGGUUUCUUAUUUGACCGUGAACGGGGGAAGUGUACCAGCGCCAGUUCUCUGCAAUGUUUGCUCGGCGGACGGGAAAGCUGAAAUAAUUCAUAAACUAUUACCUUUCUAUACUGUCUAAGUUCUGCUUUCCGCGUUCACUUUGGCCAGAAGUGGAGCGGAUGAAAGCCCACUGAACAGGAGACGAACUUCAAAAAGACAACAGACGCCCACUCCCUUUGUAGACAAGUUUGCUAUUUGUCUUGCACAGGGCACGUGCGGUUCAUGUUGGGCAAUGGCGAUGUCUGGGAGAGUCCGAGCGCUCCUGUUAUUGUUAUGGAUUUUUCAAGGUGACUCCCAGCGGGUGGAGAUGCCCAGGAGAGAGAUGGAGGUGGUGAAGGGUCAGAUGGUGGUCCUGCAGGCCUGGUACAGCCCCACAUCUGAUAUCGGCAGGAACAGUGUCAUCUGGAACUUCAUGGCCAACGACUCCAAGCAGGUCAUCUCCUACAGUAACGGUGAGCCAGGAAUAGGUAGUCCUGAGUUCAGGAAGCGUGUUGGGUUCAGCCUGUCCAUGCCCUCGGCCAAUCUCUCCAUCUACAUCAACAACACCCAGGAGUCAGACUCAGGACGAUACCUCUGCAAUGUCAUCAUCCCUGGAGCCGCCGGACUCUCUGGAGAAAUGCGCCUUAAUGUCAAAGUCCCUCCCUCGCCUCCAGUGUGCUUGAUGACUGGGUCAUCUGUGCUGAACGGCAACGUGACACUGAGCUGUAAGUCCAGCUCGGGCAAACCCAUCCCUCAGUACAAGUGGACCAAGAAUGCCCCCAUGUCAGAGGUCUUCUUUUCCCCCAUGCAGAAAUGGAGAGCCUGCCCCUCGACCUUGCUUGUUCUAGGGUUCAUGGAUGAGAGGCAAGGCACCCUCAGGCUGAGUAACCUCACUAAGAGCAUGUCAGGGAAAUAUGUGUGCCGAGCUAGCAACACUGCCGGCUCUGACACUUGCUCUAUCAACCUGGAGGUCUUCACCUCCUCUAAUGCUGGAGCGAUUGUUGCUGCUACUCUGGGGUCCAUCGUGGCACUAGUAGCCAUCAUACUCUUCCUCAUCUUCAUACUGAGGAGGAGAGACCAUGAAGAGGAGGAGCUAGCUAAUGAUAUCAAGGAGGAUGCCCAGGCACCCAAGCGUGUUUCCUGGGCAAAGAGCGGCACAGGCUCAGACCUCCUCUCCAAAAAUGGCACGCUGUCCUCCAUAGCCACGACCCCGCAUCUACGAGACCCCCAGCAGCCCAACAACUUCCGCUACCCUUACCCCACUGCUCCGGCCUCUGACACAGGCUCUGUGUUCAAUGCCUACCGCCUUCGGCCUGGAGAACCCAACACCUUGCAGGGCCUCCCAGGGUACAUCAGUGGCACACCUCCACCCAGGCACACCAGACCCCCCUGUGUUGCAAACAAAAUUGAUGCCACCUCUCCACACAGGCACAGUCGACCCCCCAGUUCUAACCACAUCAGUGGGACUCUACCCCCUGGCCACACCCGGCCCCUCAGCACUAGUAUCAUUGUUGACACCCCUCCCCAUGGGUUCAGUCAACCCCCCAGUCCUAACCAUGUUGGUGUCACCUCUCCACAUGGGCACAGCAGACCCCCUAGCUCUAACAACAUUGGUACCCCCUCCCCACAUGGGAACAGUCAACCCCCAAGUUCUAACAAUAUCGGUGCCCCCUCUCCACAUGGGCACAGCAGACCACCAAGCUCGAACCACAUUGGCGGUAGCACUCCACACAGGCACAGUCGACCUCCCAGUUCCAACCACAGCCGACCUCCCAGCAUCAGUAGCAUUCCUCACUAUGGACACAGCAGAUCCUCCAGUUCUAACGGUGCCCCACCUCAUUCCCCACCUGGCCACAUGGUCACAGACCCCGAGAAGACUGAGGGGGCCCAGCCCCAGGUGCCACACCCUCUCACCUCGCCAAUCAGCUCCACCACCCUGGCCCGUAUAGGUGCUGUGCCCGUCAUGGUGCCCGCUCAGAGCCAGGCUGGAUCACUGGUAUAGCCCACUGGAGUGUCUCACGUUUGACUUUUGAACACAAACUGAAGCAAAUGGAUAAAGACUUCCUCAAAGUAAGACUGUAUAGAGGAGAGAAGGAUUUGCUACAAAUUAAAAUCACUUUUUAUUGCAGUUGUUCAAAGUAGAAUGAAGAACUCAUGCUAAAGAAGACAAAUGAGAAAUUAUGACACUUGUGGAAUCGACUGUAUUCAAGUUCAAAGACUUGUUUUUGCUGUUUUCAAAUACCAUGAUCAGAGUCUUUAAGGUUAAAACAAGGCCUAUUCUCUAAAACAUUGUUUGUGAAUCCAUAUAUUUGACUUAGUAGUGGCCAAAAGUUUUGAGAAUGACAUAAAUAUAAAUUUCCUGCUUCAGUGUCUUUAGAUAUUUUUGUCAGAUGUUACUAUGGAAUACUGAAGUAUAAUUACAAGCAUUUCAUAAGUGUCAAAGGCUUUUAUUGACAAUUACAGGAAGUUGAUGCAAAGAGUCAAUAUUUUCAGUGUUGACCCUUCUUUUUCAAGACCUCUGCAAUCCGCCCUUGCAUGCUGUCAAUUCACUUCUGGGCCACAUCCUAACUGAUGGCAGCCCAUUCUUGCAUAAUCAAUGCUUGGAGUUUGUCAGAAUGUGUGGAUUUUUGUUUGUCCACAUGCCUCUUGAGGAUUGACCACAAGUUCUCAAUAGGAUUAAGGUCUGGGGAGUUUCAAAUCAAAUUUAUUUAUAUAGCCCUUCGUACAUCAGCUCAUAUCUGAAAGUGCUGUACAGAAACCCAGCCUUAUGAACAUAUUUAAAUACAGUAUAAAAGACGUGUUUUUGGAAAAAGGUUUUGUAUUUCAAUUUCAAUCAGAACAUUUAUUUUUUACACUUGUACAGCGGUUGAAAAACUGUGUUUUUGUAUCUGAAUAAAAACUGGCCAUGGACCCAAAAUAUCGAUGUUUUGUUCCCUGAGCCAUGUAGUUAUCACUUUUGCCUUAUGGCAAGGUGCUCCCUCAUGCUGGAAAAGGUAUUGUUCGUCACCAAACUGUUCCUGGAUGGUUGGGAGAAGUUGCUCUCAAAGGAUGUGUUGGUACUAUUCUUUAUUCAUGGCUGUGUUCUUAGGCAAAAUUGUGAGUGAGCCCACUCCCUUGGCUGAGAAGCAACCCCACACAUGAAUGGUCUCAGGAUGCUAAACAGGGCUGAUGGUAGCGCUCACCUUGUCUUGUCCGGACAAGCUUUUUUCCGGAUGCCCCAAACUAUCGGACAGGGGAUUCAUCAGAGAAAAUGACUUUACCCCAGUCCUCAGCAGUCCAAUCCCUGUACCUUUUGCAGAAUAUCAGUCUGUCCCUUAUGUUUUUCCUGGAGAGAAGUGGCUUCUUUGCUGCCCUUCUUGACACCAGGCCAUCCUCCAAAAGUCUUUGCCUCACUGUGCAUGCAGAUGCACUCACACCUGCCUGCUGCCAUUCCUGAGCAAGCUCUGUACUGGUGGUGUCCCGAUCCCACAGCUGAAUCAACUUUAGGAGACGGUCCUGGCGCUUGCUGGACUUUCUUGGGUGCCCUGAAGCUUUCUUCACAACAAUUGACCCGCUCUCCUUGAAGUUCUUGAUGAUCCGAUAAAUGUUUGAUUUAGGUGCAAUCUUACUGGCAGCAAUAUCCUUGCCUGUGAAGCCCUUUUUGUGCAAAGCAAUGAUGACGGCACGUGUUUCCUUGCAGGUAACCAAUGGAUGACAGAGGAAGAACAAUGAUUCCAAGCACCACCCUCCUUUUGAAGCUUCCAGUCUGUUAUUCGAACUCAAUCAGCAUGACAGAGUGAUCUCCAGCCUUGUCCUCGUCAACACUCACACCUGUGUUAACGAGAGAAUCACUGACAUGAUGUCAUCUGGUCCUUUUGUUGCAGGGCUGAAGUGCAGUGGACAUUUUGGGGGGGGGGUUCAGUUCAUUUGCAAAGCAAAGAGGGACUUUGCAAUUAAUCUGAUCACUCCUCAUAACAUUCUGGAGUAUAUGCAAAUUGCCAUCAUACAAACUCAGGCAGCAGACUUUGUGAAAAUGUAUAUUUGUGUCAUUCUCAACUUUUGGCCACGACUGUAUAUACAUGUUUUAUAUGCCAGUUACAACAAUUGACGAGGGUUUGCCUGGAGAGAAUGUAUGCUCAUCAACUCACACCAUCGUGUUGACACUAAGCACAUUACUGCUCAUAGAGAUGUAAAGCGUUCUUCUCAGGCCAACUGUCCAUGUGGAGUUGUGAUCACCCCAGUAGAACAGACCAUUUUAUAGACAAGAAAGUGUCGACCCAUACUUGUAUCUAAUAAGAAUAUUUGUGGUUUUAUUACAUUUAUGUACACAGAGAAUAUAUUACUAAUCUCAAUUAGGUAGCUGGAAUGUAUAAUUCAUCAAUGACAGAGAUCUGGGUUUUAAAUAUUCUUCCCUUAACGGCAAAAGGUCUCGUGCAGUCAAUUGUAAUUUCCUGUGUUUUGAGGUUGGAAUACUGUGAAAUUAUAAUGGCCAUUUAGUGUAAGAGCUGCUUGAGAAAUUGGUCAUUGUUUUCAAUAAAAAAUGUAGCAACUUCAUUGUUAUCCAGAAAUGAUUUGAUCGAGAAACAGCUGCAUUGGACCUUUAAAACAUUGUUCAUGCAGUACCAAAUAUUAUAUAAAAUCUCAGUCAUCCAACCCAUCUAGAUGAUACAUUUAAUUGUGUUUUAUGAUUAAACUGAAUCAUGAGAACCAAACUUGCUCAUGUUUCAAAUGUUGCCGCCAUAACUGAAUGUGCAGGAGAGGCUGUGAUG